UACUUUUUCUCACCAGCAUUAUUGAACAGCGCUUCAUCCCUUCAUUCUUUGCUUUACUCAGCCUGUGAGUCCGCCAAAAUCAGCCGCGCAUGACGCUGCUACCAUGGCACAACUAGCACUUUGCUCUUCUAUCAAUGACAAGUGGGACUACGAUGUGUUCCUUAGUUUCCAUGGAGAAGAUACUCGAUUAUGUUUCGUUAGCAUUCUCCGUGAAUCUCUGCGUCAAAGAGGAAUUCGUGUCUUUAUUGAUGACGAGUUCAUCAGAACCGGAGAAGAAAUCACGCCAGCACUUCUCAAAGCCAUACAAGAAUCCAGGAUAGCCAUCAUAGUUUUCUCCGAGAACUAUGCGAGCUCGACGUUCUGUCUGGAAGAACUUGAAAAGAUUCUCGAGUGCUUUAAAGAGGAAGGUCGGUUAAUAUAUCCAGUGUCUUAUUAUGUGGAUCCAUCAGAGCUGCGACGUCCAAGAGGAAGCUAUGCGAAAGCGUUGGCCGGAUUGGAGAAAAGAUUUGAAGACAACAUUCAAAAAGUACAAAAAUGGAGGUUGGCUUUAUUCCAAGCGGCUAACUUGAAAGGCUGUCAUCUCAAAUCCAAGAUUGCAAAUGAACAAGAAUGUAUUACAAAGAUCAUUAGCGAAGUCUCUACUAAGAUUAAUCAUGAUCUUGUUGACAUUACUCGUCAUCCAGUUGGACUCAUGUCUCGAGUGAAAGAAGUGAUCUCACUUUUAGAGCUUUGGUCUACUGAGAAAACUAAAAUGGUAGGGAUUUGGGGAGCUGGUGGAAUUGGCAAAUCAACAAUUGCAAGAGCAUUAUUUAAUUCGAUAGCUGAUAAUUUUGAAGGAGUAUGCUUCCUUUCUAAUGUAAAAAAAGACUCCCAAAUGCCAAAUGGUUUGGUACAUUUUCAAGAGACAUUACUCCUUAAAUUAGUCAUGGAAAAGGAUCUUAAACUGGGUGAUUUUCAUGAAGGAAUACCAAUAAUAAAACAUAGGCUUUGCCAAAAGAAAAUUCUUUUGAUUCUUGAUGAUGUUGAUAGAUUGAAACAGUUAGAAGCACUAGUUAGAAAUUGCAAUUGGUUUGGUCCUGGAAGUAGAGUUGUCAUAACAAGGAAUAAACAGUUGUUAGUAACUCAUAAUGUUAACAAAAUUUAUAAUGUCCAAGAAUUAAAUGAUGAGGAAUCUCUUCAAUUGCUCAGUUGGUAUGCCUUUAAAAAGGAGAAUAUGAAGUUUGACUUCCUAAAGGUUUCCAAUCAUGCAAUACAAUAUUGUUGCGGCCUUCCAUUAGCUAUAGAAGUGAUUGGUUCUAACUUGCGAGGUAAAGGAGUCAAUGAAUGGUAUUGUGCAUUGGAUCAAUAUAAAAGAAGUCAAGAAGGACCAAUUUUGGAACCCCUUAGAUCAAGCUAUGAUGCUUUAGGAGAAAUUGAGAAAAAUAUUUUCCUAGACUUGGCAUGUUUCUUUAAAGAUGAAGAUUUAAGAGAAGUCAAGGGUAUGUUGCAUUGUUUACAUGAAACCCAACCAGACUAUAUUAUUGAAGUUUUGAUUGAUAAAGCCCUCAUCAAGAUUGAAGGAGAUCAAGUGGGAAUGCAUGGUUUGAUAGAAGAUAUGGGUAAAAUGAUUGUUAAGCAAGAAUCACCUAGUGAGCCUGGUAAACGGAGUAGGUUAUGGUACUACCAAGAUAUUCUUCAUGUUUUAAAACGAAACACAGCACUCAACUUACAACCUGGGAAAAGAAACUUUAUUUUUCCUGGAGGGAAAUUCCCAGAAAAUCUUGACAAUUAUGUGCAUAUCAAUGACACCAAGGUAGAUAUAUCUUACGAGUGGCUUUUGUUAUCAACAAUGAAGAGGGGUCAUUUACAUAUAUGUGAUUUGCAAAGCAUGAUUGGAAAGGCUAAACUCAGCCAUGUAUAUAAAUGGAAUCACGUAAAGGUUUCCAUUAAGAGAAAGACACAAGAUAUAAAAAGUGAAAGUGAGAUUCAUUUUGCACUUCAUGUCUACAAGCUACAAAGUAACUCAAACACCAUCCGAUUCACAGACCCUAGAACAAAUGAUGAUUGUAGCUCGUGGCAAAGAGUACAAAAAUCACAAAAUUGUGAAGAACUUGAAGAUGACGUGCCUUACCUAGACAUAGAUACAAGGAUGGCCAAUCUCUAUGAGCGAGCAUACCCAUCCAGAUGGAUCUAUGAUGUGUUUUUGAGUUAUGGAGGUGAUUAUGGAUGUUCAAGCUUUGUUAGUCGUCUCUGUAAUUCCAUGUGUGCCAAAAGAAUCCGUAUUUUGCCUAAUGAUGAAUUCCUCACCCCUAGUGUGGAAGAAUUCAAUGCAAUGGAAGAAUCCAGGAUAGCUAUCAUAAUUAUCUCCGAAAACUAUGGAUCCUCGACAUCUUGUUUAAAUAGCCUUGCAACCAUUCUUGAGUGCUUCAGAAAAGAAUGUCGAUCCGUUUACACAAUAUUUUAUAAUGUGGAGCCAUCAAAGUUGCAAUAUCAAACAGGUAAUUGUGAAGAAUUAUUUGCUAUGCUUGAGAAGAAAUUAAAACACAGCAAACAACAAGUGCAACAAUGGAGGUUGGCUUUGUCUGAAGUAGUUUCAAGAGGCAGAUACUAUUAUUUCAAUCGCAAUCCCAAUCUUAGGAAUGCAAAAGAGGACAAGUUUAUUCAGGGGUUCAUUUAUGCAAUCUCUUCAAGUAUUAAUGCAUUUCCAUUUCGCAUUCGGGAUGAUUCAGUGGGACUUGAGUCUCGGGUACAGGAAAUAAUCUCACUUCUAGAUGUUGGAUCUAAUGAGGAAGUCAAAAUGGUAGGAAUUUGUGGAAUUUUCGGAAUAGGUAAAUCAGCAUUAGCACGUGCUGUGUGUAAUUUCAUUGCCCAUCAUUUUGAAGAUUUAUGGUAUUUUUCUCCUAUAUCAGAGGAGUACCGAACUUUGGGUAAUUUUCUGUAUCCGCUCUGUCUUACUGAAAAAGCCAGGGGCAACUAUUCUAGUUUGGAUAAUUUCCUUAGGAUAAUAAGACAACCCUGGUUCCCGCAAAGGAAGAAUCUUGUAAUUCUGGAUGGUGUUGAAGAAUUGGAUCAUUUGUGAGCAGUUAAUGAAGGAUGUGGCCGGUUAGGUCAAGGAAGCAGGAUCAUUAUCACGACAAGGGAUAAGCAGUUAUUAGUAAGUCAUGGUAUUAAAAAAAUUUAUGAUGUCAAGAAAUUAAGUGAUGAUGAGGCUCUUCAAAUGCUUUCUCGAAUUGGUUUUAAAAAGGAUAAUGUGAAAUCUAGUUACAUGGACGUUUCAAAACGUGCAAUACUUUGUUCAGGUGGCAUUUCGUUAGUUUUGAAGGUGAUGGGAAAUUACUUAUUUGGUAAAACAGUAAAUGCAUGGAACUGUGUAAUGGAUGAGAUGGAAAAAGACCCAAUGAAGAUGCUUCGGCGCUUCAGUGAAUUCAGACUCAAUGAGGAGCAGCUAAAGGAGUUUAUUACUUUUAUGAAGGAGAAAGAGCCUAAGUCAAUUGAUUCAUCAACGGAGAAGGGUACUAAUAGAAAGAGAGAGAGGGAAGACCCCAAAAGAGAAGAGACACAAGUUGAGGGGAAGAAGUGCCAUGCUUGAAACAUAACCUAAUCAAAUAUCAAAAUUCAACAGUCAGCAUGGUUUGAAAAGCAUGUUAAACAUGCACCUAUUCCUUUUUGGUCUUGUACAUGCAUGCUACUGUUCUUUCUUGUGUGAUAAUGAACAAUUCUGAUUUUGUUGCGACCAUAAUGCAAGCAGCUUCUAAUAUUA